AUGCUGCAACAGACCGCAUCGGCACACACACACCCGUGCCAAAGGGCAGCACGUAGCACAGCGAUCGAGGAGGCUGGAAACGCGUGUGAGGACGAUUAUAGGGAGAACCAAAACAUGAAUGGCACCAAUCACCACCCCGGAGCCGCAGCCGAUGAGCUUCAGAAACUGAAGGAGGCCUCACCACCGGCACUGCCAUUGCUGCCUCGGCACGCCACCGAGGGGUCGACCUCACUCCAUUCCUCAUUCUCUAGCAGCGUCUCUUCGCAUGAGAAGCGCACCGCUGCUGCCGCUGUCGAUCCGAGCCCGUUCUCCGUGGUAUCUCACAUCUCGACAGGGACGAAUAGUGGCAUGGGCGGCGCUGCACUGCUAACACGUGAUCCGCGCUUGAUAAUGCUGCCGCUGCGCCGCAACGAAACAAACUCGACCGCUGUGCCACCACCGUUGAACGGAGGCGUGAUGGAUGCCACGAUGCCGAGCGAUCAGCUGCAUCUGCUACCCAUCCCAAGGUCGCUCCUCCACACAUCACCAGCGGGGUGCACCCUCGUCGCUGACGUCGGGACCGCUUCCCCACUCUUUAUCGACUUGAACUCGCUUCAACUGACCGGCAUGCUGGAAAGUGUGCUUGUUUGCACCUGUGCUGCUGCGGGGGCCGCAACCGCUGCUAUACCAGCCGUGCAGCCAUCUGUCGUGCCGGUGCCACGGACACCACCGGCGCUAGGCACGCUGGUCGUCGACACGGACGAGCACGCCGGUGUUAGCAUGACAUCUCACACAGAUUCCGCUACCAGUGGAUCGGCUUCUGCCCCCGUGUCGGCAACAACAGUUGGCCGUGUGAAUGGCAAGGCCAACGCCUCACGCAGCUCGCGCACCCAAGUACAUUGUCCGCCCACUGCAGUGGCAGCGCUACCCCUUUACGCCAACGGUGCGAGUGACGGUGCUUCCUUAGCCGUCCCUCCCGUUGCGGCGGCAGCUGCCCUGCAUAUACUGCCGUCUUCUUUUGGUGCCAUCACUGCAGCCGACACGAGCCACCUCACGCCGGCAACACGGAGCGCCGGCGAAGGAGGGUGUCUGCCGCCAUGCUUCAGCGGACAUUAUACGACUUCCAGCACCCCCGACUUCCAACCGUCUUCCCUGACCCAUGUCACCCGUGCCGCCUUGUCCCCGCUUGGAUUGCCGUCAGAGAAGUCGCUAGCCGCUGGUGCCACCGCCACUUCCGUGACUUCCGAACAUGGGCCAGCGGAGGAGGGAAGCGGGAGGAAUGGCAAAUACGGAGACGAGCCCGCACCGCGGUGCCGCAUGACAGCCAUGCUGAAAGCUAAGACGACGCCUCCGAGUGCCAUGGCGUCAGACAUCCACCGUGAGCAUUCUCGUGCUCUCUCUGCACCUGCAGCCGCAACGGCACAGCAGCGUGGAGUGCGGAGGGGCAAUGCCCACCGAAAUGUGCUUGACAGCCGCGGCCCUUUUCGCGGCGGUGCGCGGGGGCCGCCGUCGGUGUCGAUUAAGGAGGCUCUUGCAGAUGCCCCCCUUCUCCGUUGCGCGGCAGCAGACGCGGUGGCGGAUACUAUGGUGUCGAUGCCGCCGUUGGCCGCCUCUGCUCGACAAGAUUCGACAGACACUGCUUUCCGGCAGCUGGCCGCUCGUCGCCAUCAGGUCUCGCUUCCGCCAGCGCCGCCGCCGCCGCCGCCGCCGCUGCUGCAAGAGCCCGAGGCACUGCCACCGCCACCGACGACCAAGGCGCCAAUGCAGCUUUCCGCGUCCUUCCCUGCUGGAGAGGUGCUGUCGCUGGACGGUACGCUGCGGAGCUGCGCCGACGAUGCUGCCUUGGUUUCGAACAUGAGCAAGGGAUCGUUUUUGUCAACCACCAUGGCCUUUGCUGCCACGGCUGGAACAACGGCUUCUGCCCCCUUGCUUGACUCUCCUGCGGGGGUGGCAGGGGGGUUCUCCGCGAUGCGGAGGCGUGCAUACGGUGGCGCGCGGCCAGCACCACCUGUCCAGCCGCCGCGGUCGCCAACGCAAAACCCGCCGUGCUCGGCUCUCUGGAUGCGCCCAGAUGUGUUCCAACAGGGCGCCGACGCAAGAGCUGCUGUCGCAGCUGCGACGCCCGCCGAUGAACGCACGGUCUCGACCUCGCCGCAGCGAGCUGCCCGCACCGCCGCCUCCAGUCAGGGGGGCGGCGUGUUUCCGCGCGACGACGGCACAGCAGCCCUGCAGCUGGUGCUGACCACGUCGCAGGAGUUUCUUGUGCCCUGCGCUCAGCGCAUGAGUGGCGGUGUGCCCAACGCACCACCGGCAGCGACACUGGAAGCGGAGCCAGAACGGCACCCGCAGGCCUUCUGCGACAACCCUCCUGGGCAAGCAGCACACACCGCCCCGCAGCUGCCCCAUCCCGCAAGCGAAAGCGUGACUGCCGUCCUCCAGCUGCCCGUGAACGCUGCUGCGCCUCCAGCAAAUCUCGUUGCCGACUCGCAAGCGCUCUCGGCGAACACCGGCAAGGAUUCUGUGGCGCGGAGCGGUGUGGCAGCACGACAGGCACCCUCGCCUUCGCCCGCACCACAGCCUCCAACUGCGCAGAGAGAACUCGCGGCCUUGCAUGUGCUGCCCAUGCACCGUAUCACAGAGACUGCUCGUGCUACACAGCAGCCCACGGCAGUAUCGCUGUCUCGCUCCGUGGAGCGCCACCCGGCAGUUUCAGGAGGAGCAGGCGAGGCACGUGGCGGCGCCAUCAUGUCACCUUGCCCAUCCGCGGCGUCUGUUAUGAGUAUUGACGUGCACACGAUUGCCGCCUCCCCUCAUGCGCGCGCUUCAGCGUUCGAGCGGCGAGAUGCACCGAGCACGCCGAGAAGUACGACCCACCGAUGCAGCUCCACCGGCAUCAGGAACGAGCCUCGCGGUGUCGCGCGUACCAUGUCGUCUGUCUCAGCAGCCCCGCUGUACUCCUUCGCGCACGUCACGCAUGGCGAGCAAGCGCAGACGGAGCCGUGCCGUCUUUUCAUGUGCUCCACACCACCUCCUCGGCCACCUCCGCGCCGGGCAGCACACACGGCACCACUUCCCGCCUGUAUUACUGCUGUUUCUGCCGCCGCGUCAUCAUCGACUUCUUCUGAGACCACGCCGCUGUGCAGACCGGUGGAUGUGAGAGACGCAGGGGCAGGGGAUGGAGUCCUGUCCAUCAUACCAGCUACCAUGGACACGGCGGGCAGCAGCGCAUCUUCGCUGGCGGCGAGUGAGCUGCCGGGUGUGCUGAAGGACUGGACUCCGACUCAACUAGCGGUUUCGCAGCCACUGCGAGCAUCUCAGCGAGCAGCAGCGGUGGUGGUGGUGGCACCGGGUGCGGAUGUGGAGAAACCAUCGACAAGGGAGACAUCUCCUCCCACUGCCGCCAUCCCUGCAACGCAGGCGGAGGCUCUCGACACGCGCGUGAAAAUGCAUAUGCGCACAACUCGUGCCAGCGACACCGCUGGGAAAGCAGCGAACUUGCGACGUAGAGACGCACGCGGUUUUUCCGCUGCGGCUUCUCCUGCCCAUCACGAUUGCCGCGGUGUACGCGUGGAACUUCAGCGUGAUGACAGGCGUGGCACUGAAUUGGCUGCGGAAACGCCGCACACAUCGCUACCGACACAUGUCGUGCCUGUCGCGGACAACCUGCUCAAACACCUCACCACUGCCCCACAAGAGUGCCGAGCUCGAGGAGGAGAGGUGUCAGCAUCGAUGGCACCCAUCACUCGCCUGCCAGCAUCGGAGAGUGUGACUGCGACGCCGUUUGCAUGGAAUGGUAUGGCAGCCGCAGGGGCACGGUCGAGGUCGCAGACCAUAACCGCAACGCUACCCACAGCAGCUGCCGCAACCGCGACUCAUGCCUUGCCAUUGUCAUUGGGUCCUUCCUGGGAGAGGAUGGAGCCGCUGCCCGUGGGCCAUCUUACAUCUGCUACGCCAACUGCCACCCCGCUGACGGCACGCACGUUUCCGUUGCAUUCAGUUCCAGCGAAGACGGCUGGAAUGCGGCUUGCCAUCCCCCACUGCGUGCCAACGCCGCCCUCGCUUCCGUCGUCCUUCCAACAGCAGUGCACCCCUCGAGGGGCGGUCUUUACAAGUUUCAAGUCUGCCUCGCGGCAGCACCCUUUGCGGCCGGCGGCUCCGGGGCCCUUUCGCCAGCCCCCCGCUCCCACCACGCUGCACCAACGAGGAGAAGGGGCACGCAACAGCUCUGCGAGUGGUGAGGCGCUCGCUACGCCCCCACAUACCCUGAUUGCCCAGCAGCUCGCCGGCGGCGCCGCAGCCAGUACGCCCCACCAAGGUGAGGUGGUGUGGGAGGUGCUGCCUGCUACUCACAGCAGCAGCUGCGACUGGCCAAACCCGGCGUCGUCGUGCCCCUCCUCCGUAGCCUCUAGCUGCCUCCAGCGCCAUCAGCUGCAGGCGGGGUGUCGCAGCGGGCUGCCCCGCUCCCUGCCCUUCUCUGACAUGACACGUGAUUCGAUGCCCAUGGCGAUGCUCGGCCCAAAGCCAGAGGCAGCCGUGCGCCGCAGGCCCUUCUCAACCGACCCCGGCGGUGGUGACGAGACGACUUCUGGCGGCCACAGUCGGCGCCAAGCUAGGCCAGUACCCCACCAAGAGCCGCAAGCCGCGCAGCGGAGCUCUCCAUCCCCUUGGCCGUGGUGGCGAGGGCAGCACGCCUUGACCCCAGGGCAGAGGUUGCCAGUGCGAGUGCAGCGUCACGGCGAGGGUGCGCGCACUGGCGGCUUCUUUGUUGCCUUGCCGCCGAACCCCGUCAUGGUAGACGGCGCCGACAACGCGGCAGCGCCCAAUAGCCGCCCCACACUUUCAUCCUCGGCAACAGCAGUGGCGGCUGGCGGAGUCGGCAGUGUUGGUGACGGAGGAGGGCUGGCCCCCACUGCUUCUUCUAUUCCAGCAGCACCUACGUCUCUGCGGCUGUGCACGGCGCACCUUGCAACGACACGAGAACGUGUUGGCGGGCGCGGUGGAGCUGCAGUCAAAAAGAGUGCAACAUCGGGAUGCGCCACCGCGGGCCAACCUCUGCAUCGUGUCGCGGCCGGCGCGCCGGCCACGUCGCCAGGAACUACCACUGCGGCCGAAGCAGCGACGCCGGUGAGGACAUGCGCCGGCUCGGGGCUGACGGGAGUCGCGGACUACUACGGCGCCUACCAGCGUACGCAGCAACCUCGCAGCACGAAAAGUGGCCCGCUACCGCCUUCACAGACGUUUCACUCUCAGUCAUCGAUGGGCACCGGCUCGCAGUCGCCACAGGAUAGUGGAGGAGGAGAGGCAAGAGGGAAUACAGGCACUGCCAGUAGACCUGGCUCGCUGCCAGUAGCGGAGGCUGGCAUGACACUUCCGAACACCGCUGCUGUUGCUGCUGCGGCAGGAUCGCAGGAGCCACGGUGCCACCACCGCCAGAGGGGAACGCCGCUACAACGAUACAGCGAUGGAACGAAUGCCGCGCUACGUGACCGUGGCGGGGUCAAGGGUGACUACGGGCCGCAACGCGCGCCGCGACUGACUCGGGCAUUGCUCGACCAGCUGCAGCGGACCUACGCUGCAGUAGCUGAUACAUCGUCUCGACCGCGCUACCUACCCAGCGACCUUCCCUUGAAGGAGGCACUCGUGGCAAGCUGGCACGACGCAAUACACCACGGUCCCCACAGCGGCAACGAUUCUAACGGUACACCAGCGAUGCUGCAGCGCCCGCGGCUCUCAGCCCCGUCCUGCAAACAAGGCGUGGAGAACGUAAUGGCUGUGCUUUCCAGAAGUGAGUGGACGGUUGCGUAUUCCUACCAUGGACCCGACUCACCACCGCCGCAGCUGCAUGCCACCGUCGGUGCCACUCCCAUGGACACCCGCUCCGAAUCACCAAUUGCCGCCCAGCCGCAUCUCCCCGCAGCGGCGCAGCAGGAGCGGCUGUAUAUGCAGCGGUGCACUUCCUCUUCACCCUCCCCCGUCCCUGUCGCACCACCGCCGGUGGUGUGUAAGAAUUACGGCGCCGUGCUGCGGACACACCACCCGCAGGCGCUCCCGUUCGUGGUGUCCUCUCAGCAAGCUCAACCCCGUCUUCUCCGGCGCAACCUCGUGGAGCAGCCGACUCGCAAGCACACCGCUCAUACGAGUGCCGGCACCGUAGCGUCGGCACCCGUAGUUUUACAAGAGGCGACCUUGGCGCCAGCGAAGAUCCUGGCAACGCCUCCGUCGCUGGCAUCACUGGAGCAUCAGCAGACGCCUGUGCUGACCGCCGUCGCCACCGUGCCUGCCGCACCGCCACCAAUGCCCUGGUCCCCGAAAGGCAACGGCCCAGAUGCUAGCAGUGAGACGCUGAGCGUCACAGAGGUUUGCCCCAGGCAAGGGUCGUCUGGACCGCGCAUUAGCAAUUUUUUCCAUCUCUUCCGAGAGCGCCAAGGGCAGCGGCGCGGGGGGCGGGCGUGGAUCGCUCAUUAA